AUGAACGCCCAGGCCAUGUCCCCAUCUAUAUUUCUAAGUCAGGUGCCACUUGAUACUGAUGAUCUGUUGUUUCGAAUAAGAGGGGGACUUUAUUUGGAUGGAAUCCUCAACAAAACCGAUGAGAUCGGAAUUAAAGAAGGCUUGUCAGAAGCCAUAAAGAAUUUGAUUGCGAAAGUGAAUUCACAGUCUUUCGUCUUAUUUGGUUGGGAGAGUUCUCUAUAUGUUUGGCCAAAAUCCCAUUUGAACACUUUGCCUACAGAACUGCAAGAGGACAGCACCUGCAAAAGCAUCUUAAAACUUGUGCCCAUUGAAGUCAAUGACUACCUUAAAAGGAUUCCUGCAAGGAAAUCUGUAAAGAUUAAACCUCUGAAAGUUGUAAACCUAGAGCUUUUGUUUGAAUUGACAAGGCCUGAUGUCUUUGAAAUUGUAACUAUUCAGAACAAUAAAAAUUCACGAAUCCACUUCAGACUGAUUCUCCCCAUUGAUGUGGUCGUAUUUGCUAAUCCAGAGGAUGAAUGGGGACAGCUGCAAGAGCAAUUUGUAAAAGCAGUUUCUACACAGCUAUAUGAGAUGGACCAGUGCAUUCAGAGAUUUACAAAAGGAAAGUCUGUCCCAAUUCCGCAAGCAUUCCACUUUGAACUGCCAGAGUCUAGUGCUCUUACGACAGUAAUAUACCCUGCUGGAUACACUGAAAAGGAUCUGGAACCGCUACGAAAAGAGCUACAUCACCAAUUUAGUCUACAAGAUAAACCCUUUUUGCGCCGUUCUAUGGCUUAUAGUUUUCCAAAUGAUGAUUUAUCGAAUAAAUAUCUGAAGACAAUACACAAAUAUAUCCCAUCACCAAGCUCUGAUGAUUUCCAGGUUUUUGUUGUGUAUGGAUCAUACACCUUUCAUCACUACUUGCAGGAUGACAUAAAUGAUGGUGGAUGGGGUUGUGCAUACCGUACUUUACAAACCAUUUUAUCCUGGUACAACCAUCAGGGGUACAUCAAUGUACCUAUACCAACACACGAGAAGAUCCAAAAGAUAUUAGUAACUGCUGGAGAUAAAGGCCCUAGUAUUGUAGGAUCAACGGAUUGGAUUGGGUCUUUUGAAAUCCGGUCAGUAUUAAAUUCGUUUGGGAUUACUUCAAAGAUCAUGAACAUUCGGGCAGGCUCUGAGUUAGCUUUGGCAGCAAGGGAACUUGCAGAACAUUUUGAGGUGCAAGGUACUCCAGUCAUGGUUGGUGGUGAACCUCUAGCUCAUACUCUUCUGGGAGUGGCAUGGAAUGAAGAAACCGGAGCAGUAAAAUUCCUUGUCUUAGAUGCACAUUAUACAGGAGAGGAUGACUGGGCCAGUGUAAUUGAUAAGGCUAUUGAAUGGAAAGAUGAUGAUUUCUGGGAUCCAUUGGAACCUUACAACCUCUGCCUGCCUCAGAGACCACAGGGUGUUUAAAGCCACCAGCACUUGAAUACAUAUUUUUGUAAUGUUAUGCCUGGAAAGUAACAGAACAGAAUUUUCAGAUGAUCAGAACUCUUAUAAUUUUUGAUCUUCAAAUCAAACCAGAAAUUGAAUGUUGCCGUAUGUACUUUAUGUAGUACACCAAUAAAAACAGGAGCUAAAUGUA